CAGCUGUUUUCACAUAAAACAUAAAGCAAGUCAUUACCAAAUUUCUAAACAUUCUAAACAAAUUUCUAAGCUGUUUCAGUUUUGAUUUUACCAAAAAUGUCACAGUCAGAAGCCAGUGGUGUAAAGUAAUUGAAUAUUUAAGUACUGAGUUGAAAUACUUGUACGUUACUUUUUAGCAGUUUUUUUAUGCUAUUUCUGCCCACCACAUAUUAAGACAUAUUACUCCGCAGUUGUAGUUAGUAGUUACUUUUCAGAUUAAGGUUCCUUAAUGCAAAACACAUCCCCACAUAAAAUAUAUUUGCAGUAGGCACCUAUUAUUAGGUGCAGUCCUGAAUUGAUUUGCUGAUUGACAGAAAAUUGACUGCUGAUGAUAUUAUUGUUUUGUAUAUGCGCUGCUCUCCCUUGCAACCAAUUGAAUUGUGUUUAAUAGUAGUGAGGUUUGGACAACGAAUUUCCAAAAGGUGUAAAUCUCUGCUUAAGUUACACAAACCAAUCAAUGAACUGAUUGAUUGCAGACAUAAUCAGGCAAUUCAUCCAUAUGUCUCCAGUAUUACAUUGUUAAAAAUGAGCUCCACCUCAACCAACAUCAACAGUAAAGUUCUUCUUUGACAUAAUGUACAUAUAUUAAUCUGAUGAUAUAAUAGGCACAGCUCGUACUAUACUAUUGAUCAUGUGUAGUACAUUUGACACAUUACACUCGAGCAGUGUGUUUUACUAAACUAAAAGAUCUGAAUAUGUUUAGCUUCAUCCCGAGUCGCUCUUGUGGUCUGUAAGACAGCGCUGAGGGCACAACGUGCUCCACUCCACAUGCGUCUUCCCCGUUGAUCCGGUGCGGUUUGUUGCGGACGUUCAACUUCUCCACUUGCGUUUACCGCGUUGACGCAGCACGGCCAGCGUUCCCACGGGACAAGACUCAGUUUCGACUUGGUGAGAAGCAUACUUUGCUUCCAACAAUGUCAAGUAGCUCAACUGUCCACUUGUCGCUGCCGCAGUGGGACGUCGGCGGCUUCCGGAGGAUCCGCUUUGUUUACUUGGAGAAUCCAACCUCGUUCAGGCUGACGGAGUGUCCGCACCAGGGCCCCGUGAUUCCUCUGUACUUAGGAGCCGAUGUCUUCUCCAGCACUGACGUCCGUACAGAGAACCAUCCCAGGUACCACGCCAAGUUUGCCAAGAAAGGACUGGCCACAAAAAUAACAUUUUCCUCAGGUAAAAUGGCACCACUAAAGACAUACCCGUGUGCCUUGCACACAGCCAUUCACACCGAACACUGUUGUCUUCCAUCCUGGUUUGUUGUAGCACUCAGGUUUCACGGGUUGAAGGUACCUUCUGCAAACAACAGUCUCUGGUUCUACAGCAUUCAAGGACUUUUCCGAGUAGCCUUUGAAAUGUACAGUAAGCAAGAGCAGCUGGCUGUGCUCGAGAACUUCCAGGAGGUUUGGAAAUCGCAGAUAAAUGACAGCCCUCUGAAAAUGAGUUACAGCCUCAGGAUGCAGCUCGACUUCGCAGCACCCAGCAGCAUGUGUGAUACAGACUUAAGAAAUGACAUGUCACAGCUGCAGCAUUGCCAGGUUGGCAUGGCAUUGGUGGACGUACGCGUCAGUGACAAGAGCGACGCGUCUGCAGAUCACGAUUACUGUUCUUUUCCGAGGAAGAGCUUGCAAACUGAGCAAAGCAAACUGGUUUUAUCCACAGUGAAGCAAAAAUUACACAGCUUGGAUGAGAAACUCUCUUCAGAUACUCAAAGCCACACAGAACAGCUGGGAACCAUCUUGCUGCUUUUGGAGAACAUUAAUCAGUACAUGAAUGGGAGUCUAGAAGAAAAGGAUGUGACGGAAACUGUGUUAGCUCUGCUACAGGCCAAAGACUGGGGCUCUGCAUAUUCAAGUUCCCUCCUGAGUUGUAUAGGACGAUGGCUGGGCCAGCAGUUUCACGCAGCCAACAGUAGCAUUAGUCAAAAAGUGGAGGGCUUUAAAGUUCAGCAUAUUGAGCGAAUAAGUGACUUGCCACCUGCUGAGCAACUAGCCACAGAACUAUUCCCAGAAGCCAUGCAAACACUGCUGCUUCACUGGAUGGGGUUAAGUGAGGAGUCCACCGUGGAGAAGAGACACAGUGAAUACCCGAUCCUGCUCCUCAUCCUCGAGUUCGCCAACCACAACCUCAUCACUGGUGUGGCUCAUGUGCUCUACUCAAGUCUUAUAUGUAAAUAAAUCUUAUUUCCAUGUAGGGAUCAACGGAAAGACCAGGGGUGAGGUCGAAUUUGUUUAGGAAGUUUCCUAAAUCUUGACGUGACCCAGAAGUAUUUGAUCAGCAGCCAUGAUAAGAUAUGUUCGGAUUCUCUAAAUGCAAGGAGCUUCGAUGCUUCCUUUCUUAUCUUUAGUGCAGGGUACACUGGAGCUUACUUUGUAAAAGUAAGGAGAAGUAGACGCCACACAAUUCAUUGCGGCAGCGAUAUUUAACAUGAUGCGCCAUGCACAGACGUAAACGAUUCAAAAAGAAGAAGAAGUAGAAGUGUAUGAAUAUGACGCAGAAGAGUCAUCAUGUCAGUAACUGUUACAUAUGAAUCAUUUACAUCUGAUGUCACACGGUGGCAAAACACUGAAACAUGCUGAUGGAGCCUCUGCGUUUUUUGUAGUUGGAUUGUCUAAGUAGCGCUGUCGGCUUUUCCUAAGUCCUAUCAAUUCUCCUUUACACCUUUCCUUGACCUCAUGACAUUUUCCACUGAGGUCAAGGAAUAGUAGAUAGGAAGGACAAUUCGACCUCACCCCAGCACUGCAACUCAAAAACGUCCAUUAUAAUGAAAGUAUUUUUUGGAUGGGAAAUUUACAGAGCACUCUUUUCUGCAGCACAUGACAUUCCAUUUUGGUUUGGUAACAACUUGGGCCGCCUGACUAAUUAUUUAUCUACUUUCAGUGUAAACCUAUUUUGAUGUUUCCUUCUAUUGUUUUACAAAUGUACAAUGCCAUGAAUAACACUAUUUUGCCUUCAUUUGCAACAGUUAACGAAACACAAUUAAAACACCAAGCAACUAAAUCAGCAUAUUACAUAAACAUGAUAACCAUACAUGUGCAGUACGUCCAUAUAUGACGGUCAGGCCACAUACCACAGGAAAGACCAAGACCAACAGUCAUCUAGCAAGCAGCCGAAGAAGAGCAAAAAUUGUUUGUCAAACAGCGACGUACGUAAAUGAUGUCUUGCCUUUGAUGUUUUGUCUUGUACCAUAAAUCCACUUCUGCUAGCUAGCACAAAGGCUCCUCGUCAUUUUGAGCUGAUAUGAGUUGGACCUAUCAAAUUCCUAACGGUGGAUUCGCACAGAUGAGCUUCAUCUGCAAUAUUACAUAGGGAUUAUUCACUCAAAAACAAAAGGUGAACUUAAAAUCUUUCAUUUAUGUUGUGUUCCAGCUUCAUUUACUCUGACACAGUAACACCCAUAUUGAAUUUACACCUCUGAUGAGAUCUCACAAAUGUUACCAAGAUUAAAGAAUAAAGCCCUUGCA